AUGGCAAACGCAACUCAAUACUUGAAUGUGAAUUAUCCUAGUUCAAACAGGUCAUCAAUUAUUAAUUUAGACUUAAGUAACAAAAAUUUUGUUGGUGAUUUAACAAUAAGUGGAUUUGUUAAUUUACAGAAAUUAAACUAUUCUUUUAAUAAUUUCAAUGGUACAAUUACAUUAGGCUCGGAUAGUUAUUUUAAUUUAGAAGAACUCGAUAGUUCUUCCGUCAAUAAUUCCCGAGAUCACACGUAUUCUAAUAUGACUAAACUUAUAAGGUUAAAGCUCUCUAAAAAUGGAGUUUCGCAACUUUACCUCUCCGGAUGUUCAAAUCUUGCUUAUUUAAAUUGUAAUAAUAAUUUACUUAGAAUGUUAGAUUUAAGUAACAGUGAGAAAUAUGUAGAAGUGAAUUGUUCUAAUAAUCCAUUUCUUUCAAAUAUAACCUAUCCCAGUAAAUUUGUUCCUGAUCUUUUUGAUUGUAGGAACACUAACUUAGGUCUAGUGAUAUUUUCAAAUUCUUCGGUAUUUGACUGUCAGAAAAAUACUAUUAUUCCACAAACAAUCGAUAAUCCCGUCAAACUUCAUGAUAAUCCAGUUUUAAUAAUUACUUUGCAAGAUAAAGAGCAAGAAACCCAGGAAUUAGAAAAUGCUGAUAAAGAAGAUAUAAUUAUGAUAAAAAACUAUUUCCAUAUGCUUGCUCAACUUAUAAAUUUUUGUACUAGUUCAAAAAGAAACUGA